UCAUUGUGGAAUUGUCGACAUCUCUUUCAUUUACAACUUCUCUCUGUCUUGUGUUCUUUUUUCUCUACUUCCUCUUUUUAUCUAAAAAUUAAAUUACACAAUUUGUGUGUGUUCAAUCCUUUUGUAUCAAUCUCAAGCGACCUCUUUUGUCAAAACUGACAAAUUCCAAAUGAUGAAGAAUCCUGACGUCACUAUUUAUUAAAAUCAAUACUACGUACAAAACCUUUUUCUUAUUUUAUAUAUACUACUCCUUUAAGUUUCAGACAGGAACCCAACAAAUAUAAAAAAGACAAUAAUGGGGAAUUGUCAAGCGGCGGAAGCAGCGACGGUUUUGAUUCAUCAUCCGGCGGAGAACAAGAUCGAGAGGAUUUACUGGUCGGUGACAGCGAGUGACGUCAUGAGAUCCAAUCCCGGUCAUUACGUUGCGGUGGUUGUGACGUCACCUACUAUGAAGAACGAGAAAGGAUCUCCAUUGAAGCAGCUCAAGCUCCUUCGUCCUGACGACACUUUGCUCAUCGGACAUGUCUAUCGUCUCGUCAGCUUCGAAGAGGUUUUGAACGAGUUUGCGACGAAGAAGUGUGUGAAGCUUGGGAAGUUACUGAAAGACGGAGGAGGGCUUGACUUGACGAAGAAGAAGAAGAAGAAACACAGAAAGAAGUUGGAUCAAGAAACGGGCCGAGUCAACCCGAAUUCUGAUUCGGAUCCGAACCAAGAUGGCGCUAAUGAUGCGGUGGCCGGGGAAAACGGGGGAGAUGGGUUUCUUAGGAGGAGUCACGGCGGAGGAAGAAGUGGCGGUGGGUGGAGACCAGCUUUACACAGCAUUCCGGAAUUUGGAUCCUCAUGAGAGCUCUUUAAAAGCCGUAGAUAUUCUUAAAGCAGCUAUCCGACAACUUUGAAAGUUUAAUGUAAAGCGAUGUUGUGUUACUAUUUUGUGUUGCUUUAAUGAGUUUCAUUCAGUCUCGACAAAAUUUUCAAGAAAUUCAAAAUCGUUUCAAUUGUUCUAAUAUUUGAAGGAAAAAAUUGAAAUA